UUUUCAAUAAUCAUCGAUGUCUUUAAGACACAAACAUUUAUUUACAUUUUUGAACUUUUGGGACGCCAAUCACGACGGCAUCCUUUCAUGGAAUAGCUUUCAAACAUUAGCUGAAAAUUUUGCAAAACUUCAGCGAAAAGGAAAGUUAGAGAAAGAAGUUGUCGAUCGAUGGAAAGCCAUAUUUGAGAAGUGGUGGCAUGAGUUGACUGCUUAUGCCGACGAAAAUAAAGACACUCUCGUAGAGUUCGAUGAAUGGCUUAAAUUCUUUGAAAAAUUGGGAAAAAAUACUAAAACAUAUCAAGAAUUGCCUGAAUUCUUGAAGACAUAUCUUCACUUAUUCUUUCUCUGUUGUGAUUAUAAUAAAGAUGCAUUAUUUUGUCAAAAAGAUUAUAAGAAAUACCUGACGACUCAUAAUAUGGACACAACUAAAGCUGAAGAGCACUUCAAAUAUAUGCUAAUUGAAGAAGACGUGGCCAAUGGUAACGCCAUGACAUCCGACAGAUUUAAAGAUCUUGUUUAUGAUUUCUGGGUAUCCACUGAUCCAGAGAGCAAAGGCAAGUAUAUCUGUGGACCAUUUGAUCAGUCAAUUAAUGAAUUGGAGCUGAAGAUCAAAAAGAGAGACUAAUUUAUAAUAUAUAUAUUGUAUAUCUUUAUUAAUCAUUACCGAUA